AUGCAUGCCACAGCCGACAGUCCAACUCUUGCGACCGACCUCGCGCCGCAUCCCCCCAACACAUCCACAACCCCAACAUCUCCCCCGUCGCUCACCCCCGCGCUCUCCGUCUCUCCAAAUGACUCCGGCGCCUCCACCCUCCGACGCCUGAAGUCCAAAUCAUCCCUGUGGAGUCUAGGGAGCAGCAACAACGAAGAAGAACCUGUCCCAGUUGAGCCGACCAGCGCCGGCCGAACAUCCAUCCUCCGCCGACUUUCUCCCGCCCUCGCAGCUCGGGUCAAGCUGCUGGACAGCAGCAAUAAGUCCGCAGCGCAGAACCGGCAUGCCAAUGCAGUCGGUCGGAUCCCCGAAGAGCACCUGAAGGAGCUUGACAAUCUUCACCAAGACCUGUCGAUCAAGGUAAAGAGGAAAGGCCAGGCGUGGAAUCGUACAAACAUAUCGCCCGGACAAACCCAGGAGUUCAAGCGGAGCGCAUCGAACCAGCUCGAGCUACCCCACCAAAAUAUCCUCCAAGAGAUUGCAGACGCGCGAAGAGAAACCCCGGAGUCAUCCGAAGCAGUCGUGGACGGACCUGAACUGCCCACUCCGGCCACCACAGUUGUUCCGGCGACUGCCCAGCCCGCGGAACACAUCAGCCCACCCACGCCCAUGUCUGUCGCAGAGCCGGUUCUCGCGCGGCUGCGCGCAGCCCCGAUGUCGAACCCCGAACCUUCCAACGACGUUCAAGAUGACCGGACCGACUUCGAAAAAUAUGUCGAUGAUACCGCACGAAGAGAAGAACGGUCCGCUGAAGAGCAGUCCGCCCCGAAACCCCCUCCCAAAGACUCACCUCCCACCGACGCCGUGCACUCGCGCUCUUCAUCCAACUCAAACUCGCAAUCGUAUUUCAACCCAAUGGAUUUGCAGCGCGCAGACUCAAUAUACUCUUUCUCCCGUGCAUCUUUCAGCAACCAGCUCUCGCAGCUGACCUCCAUUCCCCUCCCACAACCAGCCUCGCUCGAGGCAAGCAUCGAAAACAUUUCCACAGCUUUGGCGGCAGUCCGGGCGUUGAACGGCGCCGCAGAGCAAAUUCGGAUUUGGAUCAAGAAGGCCUCAGAUGUGCUGAGCGGCUUGGAUUCUGAAGAUGACGUGGAAUGGGCUGCAGCUGGUGGCCGGGAGGGGCUAGACGAAGUCGAUAAAGCAAUCACACGGUUCGAGUCCCUGGUCAAUGUGUACGUUAGGGCUAUUGAGAAUGUCCAACUUCGAAACGACAUUGCCAAUGUGGACGUGGAUAGCUUGAAAACUAUCGUGAGCCAGAUGGAGAGCAUUCUGCAAAACUGGACUCAGAUCAAGAAAAAGCUGAAAGGUGUAAAAGAGCAAGUCGAGUUGGCAAUGGAGUGGGAAGAGCUUUGGUCGAACGUUUUGGGUGAUGUGGGUGUGGAAGUUGACAACUUGAGUGGGCUGAUAUUUGAGAUGGAAGAGAAGAGGCAUCAGGCGUUGAUGGACACGAGCGAUACCAGUGGCGGGCUUGACAUCAAUGAGCUAGAGACGAUUGUGGAAGAGUCUCCCACCAAGGGCCGCGGACAUUCGCAGAACCGUCUGAGUAUUGGACCUCUCUUGGCCUCGGCGUCUGACACUCCCGUUAUCAAAACACCGCAGGAUGAUACGAGUCACUCUAACCUCAUGGCUAUUUUUGCACGCAUGCAGCCAUUGAAGGCAUCGUUGGAGUUUUUGCCCAUGCGACUAUCAAUGUUCCAGGGACGCGCUGAAAGCAUUUUCCCGAGUGCGUGUGAGGAGAUUGAGGACAGACGAAAUCGCUUGGAGAAGAGCUAUAAAGUUCUUGAGACCGAUGCUGAAGCUCUCUUGAAGGAGUUGGCAGAGGACAAGUGGAUUCUGGUUUUCCGCAAUGCUGGGGCUCAGGCACAAAAGAUGUUUCAAUCGGUUGAACGCAGCAUUGGAAAGCUACAAGAAGGGCUGGAAAGCGGCAUGCAGGUGCAUAACCCGUCAACGCUGACCAAGCUCAUUGAAAACUAUGAGGCGAAGAAAAUGCAUUAUGUUCCUGCUAUUCAGCGUGUGGUUUCCAUCAUUCAAAAGGGUGUCAACGACCGAUUGACUGUCAAUGGUGAGAUUCUGCGUCUGCUAUCCGACAUGACAUCCCGAACGGAUGCUCUCAAGGCUAGCACUAAGGUAAUGGAUACAUCUCUCGAAGAUGUGCACAUUACCAAGGGCCACCAGCUACGAGACUCAAUCUCCAGCAUCCUCACCAUGGACAGUCCAGCCACAGGCAGUGCCAUCGAGACCCCAGGAAGCUCGCCAGCGUCCUCAGUCGUCAUGACCGGCAACGGGUACAAGCGCGCCUCAACGCCCAUGGGCGGCUCAAGCCGUCGCGAAAGUUCAGUCGGGAGUGCCACAGCCCGCUCGACUAUGCCCCCAAACCGUCGUUAUUCCAGCUUGCCGCAGGCCACGGCACCUUACACCGGUCGAAAGUCCGGAAUUCCCCAACCGACGGGCCUUGUGUCUCCUACUCCAUCCUACAGAUCCUCAUCAAACUACUUCACACCGACCCCGGCUGCUCGUUCUCGUACACCAGCGGCGCCAUCUUCAAUUCCCAAUCGCCCACGCUGGACCACCAGUACGAACCUGAAUGACACGGCUACUAGUUACAACUCGACACUGCGGAAGUCAUCCGCACCACUCGCCCGCACACCCCGGCCAUCAUCAACAAUUCCAUUCCCCAACUCUCUCCGACGAGAGACGUCUGCAUCACCGAUUCCCGGCGGUCUUCGAUCAACCAGUCGCGUCUCGAGCCGGUUUGGUUCUCGAAGUCCCAAUCGGAAUGUGUCCUCUCCCACACCGGCACGGUCCUCGCUCCUCGAUCCACCGCCGUACAGCCGACUCCAUCGACAAUCGGGGAUCCAAAACACACCUCGCAGUCGCCAGAGCUUUGCGGGCCCGCCCACGGCUUUCAGUCGAAGUGUGGCAGGGGCUCCAGGUGGGAUGGAGAGCCCAAGCAAAUCGUCACGACCAGGUACAGCGCUAGGCCAUUCUACCAACAGGCGAACCAGUCUACUCCCACUUCCCAAGCGAAUGGAGAAAGAGCAGACAGCCCCGAAACCGGUGGACACGCGUCCACGGUGGCGCUAA